ACUCCAAAUACAUUACUACUUCUCUUUGUUAUUUUUCUUUUUCUUUGGAACGAUCGUAAAAAGAAUCAAUGGCGGACCAAACAAGAACACAUCACGAGAUGAUAAGUCGAGACAGUAGUACCCUUGGCCAGGCCCAUCCGAAGGCGACGCAGAUGGUGAAGGCAGCGACUGCGGUCACAGCCGGUGGAUCCUUACUAGUCCUCUCCGGCUUAACCCUAGCCGGAACAGUGAUCGCCCUCACUGUGGCCACUCCUCUGCUUGUUAUCUUCAGCCCUGUCUUGGUUCCGGCAGUGAUCACCGUCACUCUCAUCAUCACCGGAUUCCUCGCCUCAGGUGGCUUUGGCAUAGCCGCCAUUACCGCUUUCUCUUGGCUCUACAGGCACAUGACGGGGUCAGGAUCUGAGAAGAUAGAGAAUGCUCGGAUGAAGAUGGGGAGCAGAGCUCAGGAUACCAAGUAUGGACAGCACAACAUUGGAGUCCAUCACCAACAACCACAACAUGCUUCUUAAAAUUCGUAAGGGUAAACAAACCAUUUCCACAUUAUAUUGUCAUCCACCGUUCGAUCUCUUCGCUUUGUGUUUAUUAUUUUCAACGUUUGUGUUAAUGUGUAACAAUAACAUGCAAUACGUACGUAUGCUGUAAUCUUACUUUUCUUUCUUAAUUGUUGUGAGAGUAUAAGUAAUGUUUUGAUCCUUUUAUAUAUGUUUUGUUAUAUAGAGUACGGUGUUGUACGUCGUCUAAGUUUGGUCAAA